UCGAUGCGCAUUGGACAGACCAACAGUGCGUAAGCUCCACUGAAACUGUAGCCCAUAGCCUACCCACAUUAACAGAAAGAUGAAGGGCUGAAGCCUGGAUUUCGGGAAAUAUCUGAACCACCAGUGCCAGAGUCUAAUUAGUGGUGGCAGUUCAACAUUUGGCUCCGGGAUCACAGCACCGUGCGCUCUGCCGUGUCUGUGUGCGGCUGGAGUUACGAUUAGGACUUCACGACACGACGAGGCUCCCCUAGCUGUGGAUGUACAGUGACCUAUGAUUCAUUCUGAACUUCCUUACAUUUAUAUAUUUAUUACACAUGAUGCCGGGUGGGAACUGUUUGACUUCGUCCUAUUUUUUCAGACUUUACGCACAACUCAGCAACUUAGAAAACGUGGUUAUCCGGAGAAUAAACGGAAGAACAACUGAACAACUGAGGAGAAGGGGUUGAAAACGUGCACACUUUUUUUUUUUUUUUUGUUCCACGAGAAGAUUGUUGUGGGACUUUUUUUUUUUUUUUUUUGGCGAAUUGCCGUUUCAUUGUGGCUCUUAAGUAUUUUACAAGCAUUCGUUUUCUCUCCUAAAAAUGCUGGCAGGACUCAUGCAAAGCGGCACGCAAGUUCAUCCUCUUCAAUUUUUGAGAUUUUUAGAUGAGAAAUCGACUAAGAAGUAGACAAGACACUCAUGAAAAAGCCUGCAUUUUUCCUUUUACGCACGAUGAUUUUUUAACAUUCAGAUGAAGUUCCAGUUAUUUUCAUGAUAAAUUGCCUUUUCUUCUUUUUUGUCCAACGAUGUUGCAGGUUGAGUUAUUGCUUUAAAUUAAGCCACUUCGACUUUCAUGUGUAUUUGUGGAAUUCUUCUUGUUUUCCUAAGGACUCAAAGAAACAUGUUGCUUUUCCUUGCGCUUCAGUCGUUGGUGUUACUUUUGGGAGUAGCUGACUGUCGAGUCUUAGAGGGAUUGCAGAGAUAUUCCUCCAUCCCCACAUACCUGCCAGUCAACUACCAGGUGCUCAACGCUGACUUGGUGUUCUUCCUGAAGGAGGCCAACCAGGACUUCAUGAGGAACUCUAGUUUGAUGUCACGGACUGAGCCUUUCUUCAUCUAUCAGGCCAGAAAUUUGCCCUCUGUGAAUGCCAGUUAUGGGCCUCUAUCAGUGGAGCAGCCCGUCCCCUUAGAGCUCCUCCAGGCCCCGGGGACCUUUCCCCACUCUUCCCUUUUCACCUUCAACUGGAAGGUGCAGACCUUUAUCAUGAACACUAGGAUUCACCUGGCAAAGCCCAAAGUCCAGGUUCUGUUCUACAUCACAGGCAGGGAUUGGGAUGAUUACAGUGCAAUAGACAAGCUUCCCUGUGUGCACAUGUUUGCUUUCCAUGAGACCCAGGAGGUCCGUGGAACCUGCCAGCUGAAGGGGGAGCUGGGCCUUUGUGUGGCCGAGCUCGAGCCCUUGGCCAGCUGGUUCAGUCCGCCAAGCGUAGUGCCAGGACGCCAGAGGAACCCUGAAAUAUCUGAGGGCACGCCUGUGGAACUCUACUACAUGUUGCAGUCCACAGAAGCAGGGGAGUGUCACUCAGAGGAGGCCAGGAAGGAAAACUUCAUCCGUUCAAGCCAGGAAGGGCUGUUUGGUUCCUAUACCGCCACCCCUUUGAAGAGAAUUGGAGGGGUCAGGCUUUACCAGAACCCUGCUCCUCCACCACUGACUGAGCACAGGCUGGAUAAUAACUUCAUGGUCAUGGUGCCAGCCAUACCCAUGAGGCAGAGGGAAACGGUCUCUGCUUUUAUUGGUGUGUCAGCCUACUCUCCUGUGGAGAUGUUUACUCUCAGAGUGAAGUUAAAAGAUGGGGUGACGUUUCUGGGUGCUCGACCCAGCAACCCCACUCAGUGGAUAGUCAGCCAGGAUGUGAGGAGUGAAGGCCACCGAGUGGUGACUCUGCACUGCCGCAGGAAGGAGUCCAGCUACGAUCAAAGGUCUGAGAUGGGAGUUCAGAGGGUCCUCCAGGUGGAUCUGAAAAUGGAAAGCUUCCCGGAGCCGCUGGGCAGUCGACGGAUGGCCUGGCAGGUGGAAUAUCCGGCAACCCGUACCACCACACAAGAGGCUGAGACAGAGAUACGGCUGGCACAAGAGGACCUAGCAGGCAUUGUGCCCCUGGCCAUGGUCUCAGAGAUUCUGAACACGGCUGUUCUGACUGGGAAGACAGUGGCUGUGCCGGUAAAGGUGGUGACCAUCGGAAUAGAUGCCUCUGUUACCGACGUCUCAGAGGCUGUAAAAUGUGGCUCCACAGACGAAGACGUGGUCAAGGUGUCUGACAGGUGUGACUACGUUUUUGUGAAUGGCAAGGAGAUGAAGGGCAAAGUGAAGAUGAUGGUGAACUUCACUUACGGAUACCUGAGUGCUCAGCUAGAGCUCAGCGUUUGGAUCCCGCGCCUUCCGCUCCAGAUUGAGGUCUCAGACACGGAGCUGAGCCAGAUCAAAGGGUGGAGGGUGCCCAUUACAGCCACCAGUCAAAGGUCCACGCGGGACAGUGAGGACGAGGACGAUGAAGACAGGCGAGGUCGAAGCUGCACCCUGCAGUACCAGCACGCCAUGGUCAGAGUCCUAACCCAUUUUGUAGCUGAUUCAGCUGAUGUUCGAGGGCAGACAAGCUUCAUGCUGGGCAGUGACUGGCAGGUGGAUAUCACUGAGUUGGUGUGGGACUUCCUGAAGGUGGAGGACCCACAGAUUGCACAGUUACUUGACAGGAGGAUACUGGUGGGACUGGACAUGGGGAUGACCACUAUCCAGGUGUUGUCUCCUCUGUCAGACUCCAUCCUCGCAGAAAAGACUAUAACAGUGCUGGACGACAAAGUGACCAUUACAGAGUUGGGGGUUCAGCUGGUGACAGGCCUCGCCAUGAAUCUGCAACUCAGUCCGGGAAGCAACAGGGCAAUCCUGGCCACAACAACCACACAGGAGUUUCUGCAGAACCCCAAACAGGAGGCUUUGAUCAGCGCAUGGCUACAGUUCAGCGAUGGCUCUGUUGCUCCCCUAGACCUGUACAAUUCUGACUUUUUUGUCCUGACAGCCACCUCCCUAGAUGAGGAAGUGGUGACGGUGCAGCAGGACCCCUCCUGGAAAUGGCCUGUCAUCGUGACAGAGGCGGAGGGCCAAGGUCUGCUGGUCAGGGUGGAAAUGACUGUUUGUGAGAUCUGCCAGAAGUUCAAGCGCCGCAGUAUCCUUGCAGCGGGGAACUGUAACGUCAGGGUGAAGUUUGGACAAAGUGACAGCUCCAGGGGAGGGAACAGUGACUAUGGUCCUGAUGGAGAUGAUAUGGAGGGCAGAGGUAGACUUUCCCCUUCACAAGACAGGCCUGGUCCUGAUACCCACUACUUUGGCAGCUCUAUCUCUGACAUGGAGGAUGGGGUGUUAAGGAGAGCAACCACCACUAGAAGCGCAAUUCUGCGCAGACCCAAUGGGGAUAAACUUUCAGAUGACAGUAGCCAGAACAUGCCGAUUGACUUUGCUGACUUCCCCGCCCAGGUGGAUCUGCCUCGUGGCCGCAACAUGGAUGAUGACCUUAUCCAGACUGCUCGUGGGCUCACGGACCUGGAGAUCGGCAUGUAUGCCUUGCUGGGAGUUUUCUGUCUUGCUAUCCUGGUAUUUCUCAUCAACUGCAUCUCCUAUACACUUAAAUACCGUCACAAGGAGCUGUUCAUUGAGGGCCAGGAGAACAUGAACCACGCUCAUGACUGGGUGUGGCUGGGGAAUGAGGCAGAGCUGCUGGAGAGUCAAAUCAGCCUGUCGCCCCAGCAGGAGGAGCAGACCUCCAUGAUGGACUCCAGCAGCGGACUCGAAGAAGGCAGCCACUUGCUGAAUGGAGGCUCGGCACAAAAGAAUGUGCAGGGCCAGGUCCACCGAGCGGCAGACACAGGCUGUAUAACCAAGGACAGCAAAGGGGACUCACCCACCACCAAGAGGAAGAGAGUCAAAUUCACCACAUUCACCACCAUCCCCUCAGACAAUAACUACCCUACAGUUAACACACUGACUGGCAGCCACAGCCAGGACAUUAAGUGGGUGUGCCAAGACGUGGAGCUGGAAGGCUCCAAUGAGUUACGCAAUUACAUGGAACGGUUAAAUGACAGUGCUUUAAAAGAGGUUGCAUAAUGUAACGUGCAUUUGUAACAAACUCACCCUUAUGCCUUUCAGGGGAAAGUGGGUCUGAACAGAAACUGGACCCGUCGGUCAAAGAGGAGCAAAUUCACCUUAGAAUCACCCAAAACUGCCAAAGGGUCAUUACAUUUAAGAGGAUCAAAAAAA